UAUAUAUUUUAUGGGUUUUGAUAUAUAAUAUACCUCAUCUACUGACAUCAGCAUCGAUCGUGCCAAUUACCCGAACAGUGCCGGCAUUAUGAUGCAUCUAGAGAUCAAGUGGUGUGGAUUCCUCGUGCAGUUGUCUCCUUGCCUUGUUCGUGCAUACUGCCAUGGGAUGGAAGGACCUGGCGGCUUGGAUGUCUUCUUCUUGGAAUGUGCAUGCAUUUAUUCCGAGCCGCUUCCGUGUUAUCUGGGCAGACCAUGUAAAGUUUGGCUUAGUUGUCGGGUGGGUUAUGUCGUCCCUCGCGUUGGCGAUUGAAUUACUACCGAAUGUAUUUAACUGUUAUUUCUAACAGAUUCAAGUAGUAUAGCCAGAGUAACA